UCAAUCAAAUAUGUCUUCUUAUUUCAGAUGAUUGUGAAUAAAAGUUGAAAAAAGUUUUAUGAAAGUUGAAAUAUAAAGUGUUCCAAUACUUACGUGCUUGAUUCUUUUUGAAAGUUUCCAAACCAGUAGAUGGAUUCUAUAACGAGUACUGAUGAACUGUCUAUUGAAACGAAAAUAACACAACAAAAUAUUCUUUUGGAAAUUAUCAAAGAAUUGUGCAGUGAAUCUAAUGGAAAGCUAUCUAGUAAUUUGAAAGGAAAAAUAAAUAGAAUAAUAGCAGACUGUGAUUUAACACAUUAUUCCAGUUUACAUAAACUUAGCACAGCCGAUGAAAGUACAUCUAUGCUAUUGGGGUGCAUGCAUCAAGCAACUGCAGAUCUAACGUUCGAUGAACAAGCUGAACUCAACCAGGCUAUAAUUCACAAAAUACAGAUAAAAAUACCAGCAUUUACAUCUGAAUUGGAAAAACUGCAUCAAAUUUCUAGCAAACAAUCUAAUAAAAAUCAAAUAAAAGAAUUACAAGAGCAUUUAGAUGAGAAACUGAACACAUUGCAAGAACAAGAGAGUGAGAAGGUGGAAUUGAUGAUGGAGUGGCUCAAUCACAGGUUGAAUGAAGUGACUAAGUUUAGUGAUCAUUCAACUGAAUUGCUCACACUUAAAACUAAGAUUUUGGAUUUAAAGUCCAAAAUACUUCACCUACAGAUUCUACAAAAUAUAUUUACUGAGACAAAUCAGUCAAUAAAAGCUUAUAGUGAGAUUCACAAAGACUUGAAAGACAGCAUAAAGGAAACUGAAGAGAGGAUCAAGAAUUUUCGGCGUAUUAUUGAUAGUGAUACUUAGUUUUUUAAACAUUUAUUAUGUUAAUUAUAUUAAUUUAUAUAGGAAAAUAUAUUAUUAUAAAAUGAGA